GGUUGACUUGCACACUAGUCGGUCAGAGUCACAGUCAUGGUCACGCUUCGAGGGUUGAACACUCUGCAUAUAUAGAACACAGUACGGUGGGAGAAGAGUUCACCGGCGCGUAGAGAGGACAACCAGCAGAGAGUGCUUCGAGUACGAGUUGUGCGUCCAUUGAUUCCCCUACUCUCUUUCAUACCUCCAUCUCUCUUUCUCUUUCUCUCCCUCACUCACUCUUCAUCUCUCUAGUGAAUUAUUUUUCUCUGUACGCGGGCGACACGCUCGCUAACUCUACUCGUGUCAGUCAGUGUAACACCAUCUCUUCGAACUGCUGCACGUUUCCUAAGAGAAGUCUAUUCUUCAGCAUCUUUCUUGGUUCCAGAAAAAAUAUACUGGAUAUACACAAAUUCCUCCAAUCCACCCAAUCUGUGUAUGUACAUACACACACACACACACACACACACAUGUAAUUAUAUCUGGAUAUAUAAGAAGAUAAGAGUAUGUAAGUGGUGAAAGUCAAGUUUAUCAAGAUAAUUGAUCAAUUUUGAAUUGAGAAGGAAUACAAGGGAUAUCCAAUAUGGUUCAAAUUUCAUAUAAAUAUCUAUAUACUUAUAUAUAUACACUAGAAGAGAAAUAAAUAUAACAAUGCUGGAAUCAGCUUUAUCAAGAAACUAAUAAUUAUGUAUUAUCGAAGUAUUUCGAAUUAAAAAGGAAUAUACGCAGAAGAAAGAGAAGAAUCAUCCAACAUGGUUGAAGUUUGAACGAGAAAGAGAGAGAAAGAAUCCUUUCAUAUCCAAGAGGAAGCUGUAUGAGAGAGGGUGUUCUCUCUGGAGAGUAUAGGAACCGGUGCGCAGAGAGUAGUACUGCCAUUUGGAGGGGAGAAAGAAACCUACGAGAGAGUCGACAGGGAGUCGACAGAGAAAGAGAGACAGAGAGAGAGAGAGAGAGAGAGAGAGAGAGAGAGAGAGAGAGAGAGAGAGAGAAAGAGAGACCUAACGGUGGAGGGGCAUCAGAGAGAAAGAGAGAAAGAGAAAGAGAAGCCGGUUGCCUGGCGACGAGCCAUCUAGUUCGAUCCCAGCAGCCCGUCCAACCACCCUCUCUCCUCUCUUCUCCGCCUCCGCCUCCGCUUCUGCCUCUGCCUCUGCCUCUCUCUCUGCCUCCAAUUUUGAUUCCAACUCUGACUCUCUUGCUGUUCCCAGGAUCCCAAGGAGUAUCGGCAAUCUCGUCUCGUCGUUGCUUUAUUAUUAUUAUUAUCAACGAUAUUAUCACAAUAUUAUUAUUAUUAUUAUUAUUAUUAUUAUUAUUAUUAUUAUUAUUAUUAUUAUUAUUAUUAUUAUCAUCAUCAUUAUUAUCAUUAUUAUUAUUACAAUUACUUUAUUAUCCUAUUCGUCAGUUGAACUCCCUCGAAGAUGGAAGUGUUUUGAAAAAUAUAUCGGUAUAUGUUUUUAUAUACCGUGUCUGUGUCAUCACACAUUACAUCACAUAGUUAUAUCUCUAUCAUAUAAGGAUCAAGAAGGAUUUUCUUCUUCUUGAUCGUCAUGGAUCUACGAUGGAGGAUAUUAUCUCAAGAGGAAGCUUAAAAGAAGACGACAAUACCACCACCUUGUCAAGGAUCAUCUCCUACAUGUUUAAUAUGAACAUUAUAUGUUAGAAGAAGAUACAAUUAUAUUUUAAACAUUACCACGAUUAUUAUAUCGUUAACAACGAUGUCGAAUUGUCAAGCAUCUUUCGAAGAUCAUCGUUUUCGUUUUAUCGUACAACGAGCAAGAUUCGACAACAAAAUGUGAAAGUUACGUGUGCUUCUUCUAAUUAUUGAUAGCUUUCCGAGCUAUCAAUCUUCUUUCUCUUCUUUUUCUUCUUCUUCUUCUUCUUUUUCAUUCUCAUUCUCUCUUUUUCUUUCUUUAUAUGUGAGAUAAUUAUUCGGGAUCAAGAAGAUCUAAUGGUGGUGAAGUGCAAGUAUUCCUAACGAUAAUUCAACAAACGCAAAGGAACCUAAAACGUUUAUCGCUCUCUAUCUCACUCUAAUAUCUAUAUCUCCCUCUCUUUCUCUUCAAUAUACCAUCAACCAACAUGUUCCAGUGCAUCAUACAACAAAGAAACGGAUGGAUUCAUCCUUACAGUCCAGACACCAAGGAUGUUUUCCCAGAUAUAAGGCUGCAACUGAACGAACAGUUGAGAUGUCUCGACGUAAGGAUGGAGGCACAAGUUGCCCUUGUAGCCGAACUGCAAGAUUUCUUUCGCAGAAGGGCAGAGUUGGAGUUGGAUUACAGCAAGUCUCUUGACAAAAUGGCUAGGAGUAUACAAUUAAGACACAAGGAGCAAAAGCAAAAACGUGAACAGUGGCCCCUCUUCUCUAGCUAUGCUUGCUGGCAACAGCUUGUAAAUGAGACGAAAUCUUUAAGUAGAGAUCAUGCUGCCCUUUCAGAAGUCUAUAGUACACAUCUUGUCGGUAGGCUUAAUCAAGUAAUGGAAGAUGUUCAAAGGAUAUACAAACGAUGUCGUGAGAUUGGCUACGAAACACACGAAGAAAUACUCAGAGUUCUUCACGAAUUACAUACAACGAUGAAGACUUAUCAGGCUUAUCAAGCAGAGUCAAGACAAGCCGAAACUAAAUUACGUGUAGCUGAGCAACAGCGUAGUAAGCUAGAGGUUGCUAAUGCACCACCAGAAAAAUUAGCUAGAAGCAAAAAGUACAAGCUCAUCGAGAAAGAGGUGAACAAGAGAAAGAACAAAUAUCAAGAAGCCAAACUGAAAGCUUUGAAAGCAAGAAACGAAUAUAUAUUAUGCUUGGAAGCUUCCAACACGACAAUUACCAAGUAUUUCGUUGAUGAUCUUUCAGAUCUCAUAGAUUGUAUGGAUUUUGGCUUCCACAAUUGCAUCGCUAGAGCAUUGUUAAUGCAUUGUAGUGCGGAAGAGGGUAGGCAGCGUUCGUUACAAACUGGUGCAGAGCAAUUGGCCGCAUGCGUGGGUGCAUUGGAUUCGAGAGCGGACAAGCAAAGGUUCUUGGAAUCUCAUCAUGCUGCUUUUAUGAUUCCUAAAAAGUUUGAAUUUCAAGGGCAACGUGGAGACGAGACUCCCGAGCCUGAAUUACAAAAGGUGCUACACUUGGAAAUGGAACAGCGAUUAACUCAAUUGCAACAGAGGGUUACGUCUCUUAGAACAGAGUCGGAGGAAGUAUGGAAGACUUUAGAAACGGCGGAGGCGAGUCUUCUUGAAAUGUUAACCGCCAAAGAUUACGACUGCUCGAGAUAUUUCGGUGAAAAUGCUGUACCAACGUCUAGACCACCGGAAACUUUACAGAUCAAAUUGAGAGCUGAUAGACAAGAGACAGAAGAAUUUUAUCUUACCAAAUUCAGAGAGUACCUUCUUGGAACUUCAAGAAUAGCCAGAUUGGAUGCAAAGCAGGAAUAUAUACGUCAAAGUCUAUUGGAUGGUUCUACGGCCAGUCCAAAUCCAUCCAUUUCUACUACCAAGCAAAAACAAGCACGUAGAAAACGAAUCGGACGUUUACAGAUGAACGGCCAACCAAAAUUAUUCGGUGGUUCUUUAGAGGAAUAUUUAGAAAGCACGAAUCAAGAAAUACCUUUGAUCAUGAAGAGUUGUAUAAGGGUUAUCAACCUUUACGGUUUACAUCAUCAAGGGAUAUUUCGGGUAUCUGGUUCACAGGUGGAAAUCAAUAACUUCAGGGAAUGGUUCGAAAGAGGUGAAGAUCCUUUGGCAGAUGUAACAGAUGCUUCCGAUAUUAAUAGCGUCGCUGGUGUCUUGAAGCUUUAUUUGAGGGAAUUGAGAGAACCAUUGUUUCCUAUCAUUUAUUUCGAGCAUCUUAUGGAAUUGGCACAAUUAGAAUCGAAGCAAGAAUUUGUUAACAAGAUGAAGGAAUUAAUAGCGAGUCUUCCAAGACCAGUGGUGAUAGUAAUGCGUUAUCUUUUUGCUUUCCUCAAUCAUCUUUCAGAAUUCUCAGAUGAAAAUAUGAUGGAUCCUUACAACUUGGCCAUUUGCUUUGGUCCAACUUUAGUACCUGUCCCAGAGGACAAGGAUCAAGUUCAGUAUCAAAAUCAGGUGAACGAACUGAUCAAGAAUAUUAUUACCUUCUGCGAGGAAAUAUUUCCGGAAGAUAUAGGUGGUACGCAAUAUGAGAAAUAUAUCAGCAGAGAACCAGACGACGUAGACGUCGGUGAUUCGCCAACAGAUCAGGUUCAAGAGGACAUGGAUUCUGAAGUUUAUCCAUCGGAGGAUGAAUCAGAAAAUUUGGAAGCAACAGCACAGUUCGAUUUCAACGCUAGAUCGGAGAGAGAACUCAGCUUUAAAAAGGGUGAUACUUUAACUUUAUUUACGCAAGUUAGCAACGACUGGUGGCGAGGCUCAUUGGCUGGCAGAGAAGGAUUAAUACCUGAUAAAUAUAUCAUGUUGAAAAUAAAAGAUGAAGAACGAGAGAAAGAAUUAUUGAAAUCAUCCAGUGAAGAAUCCAUGAGACGAAGAGCUUCCAGUUCAGCAGACAGUGUUCUACCUAACAACAAUUCACCAUUGAUGAUGAGUUCAACUGGUACGUCGAACGCAUGGUCUUCGACUCCUGUAUCAGAUAUAUCUAUUACAACGAACACGAUGUCAGGAGAAAAUAAUAGUACUAGCAGUGGUAUCGUACCGGCAACUGUUGUUACACAUGUGCCCUGCAUUUCUUCGGCUCAACCUAUCAUCAGUCGAGAGGAAUCCACAACGUCCGGGAAGUUUACCAAAGUAUCGACUCCUGAAAAUGAGAACAUUUCAGAAAAUCUUUUGGUAUCGAACUCAAUUGAUUUGUCAAUGAUUGGACAAGAACGGAUGGAAGAAAACGAAGAAGCUGGAGGAAUAGGGGGAGGAAUUGGAGGUGGUGGUGGGCAAGGUAACGAAAGCGGGAUGAAAAGUCGAGGAGCUGGUAGAAAACAACAUCAUUGGAAAUCGCAAAGCGUAGGGGAGUCUACGGUAACGGUGACAGUGACAACAGGUUCGGACGGUCAUAAUCAAUGUAAUUCUCAGAAUUCCUCGAGCAAUGGUUGUAACUUUCCUGGUGGUGGUGGUGGUGGUGGUGGUGGACAAUCCACCGAGGAGGAUAUACAACACGAACAAACAACUUUUUCAGCUAAUCGAGAGCUCUGGCAAAGAAGAGCGACCUCUCAAACCCAAUUAAAUCCCCCAAUACCACCAGGCGGCAACGCAACUACAACUUCUUCCAAAUCUUAUCGUAGCUCGCAGGAAUUUCGAGAAAUGCGACAAAAACAAACACCUGAUCUCGUUAUGGAUUUACCAUUGUCGGCGCAGGACGCUAGUAAAAAGUCUGCUUCGUCUAGUAGCCUAAGUAGUUCCGACGACGAGACUAGUGUUGUUUUACCUAAUAGAACCACCGAAGCAGCAACCUCACCAACAGGUGGUCCUGAAUCACCGGACAUGAGCACCGCUGCCGAACGUUUUGCUAAACAGAAUCAGUGUACGUUGAAAAAGAAUACCAAGACUAAUCCAGAAGGUUCGAAAUUGAAACGUCUUGAAACAGCGGAUCAUCUGGAAUCUACCGAUAUAGAAGGAACGGAAGAGAUCGUAAGAUCGGCCAGUACCAAUCAAAUAUCAGAUUCUCUGGCGCUUCGUUCACCGUUACCACCUAGAUCAACGCCAAAAAUCGUCGCUAAAUUCGCGGAUAUGCAUUUGACAGGUGGUAGCCAAGUGUCCUCGUUCAAGCCUCAGGUCAAGGUCAAGCCAACAAUUCUUCGAAAACCAGUUUUACCUUUCCCACAUCCUCACAUGAGUCCAGAACUCGCGAGGAAGAUCGAAAAGCAGGCUCAGAGUGCCGAACAAGCUAAUUGAAGAUAUACGCAAAUAUAAAUCCGAUCUACGAUCAUCAUCAUCAUCAUCAUCAUCAUCAUCAUCAUCAUCCUUAUCAUCAUCAUUAUCAUCAUUAUCUUCUCCCACAUCGACCAGUCACUCCGCCCAUUACACUUCGCAAGGACUUAUGUGUUACUCCGUGAGUUUCUCUAGAGAAAAGAAAAAAAAAAGAACAAAAAAGAAAAAAAAGAAAACAAAAAAAAAUAAAGAAACGAAAAGAAGAAGAAGAAGAAGGAAAAAAACGAGAACACGACGAAGAAAAAAAGAAAAGAAGAAAAAUCGUCUGUGGCCGAUAGCAUGGUCCGUUUUAUCUCAAGGCAUACGAGAUCUAUAAUACAUUGAUCUAUCUUACAUUGUUUUAUCAUUUACAUUUAAAGGAUCUUUUGAAGGAAAGAAAGAGGAAACGGAAAUGGGGGAAGAAAAAUUCUCGCAUUGAAAGCUUUUUGCUUAGGUAGAACGGGCCGCUACCGUCCUAUGGGCGUGAGUUUAUUUUUUCUACUGAAUCUUUUCCAUUUUCGCAUAUAAUUUUUUUACCAAAUGAACGAGAAAUAAAAUAAAAUACAAAUACAAUACAAUACAAUAAAAAAAUAAAAUAAAGUAAAGUAAAAUAAAAUAAAGUAAAAUAAAAUAAAAUAAAAUAAAAUAAAAUGAACCAGCGAAGGGAGACGUUUCUAGUCAUCAAACGAAAGAAAAGAGAGAAGAAGAGAAGAAACCGCGAAUGAAAAAGAAAAGGAGAUAAAUAGGACGAUGCAUCGAAUAUAAAUAAUUUCAUGUAGAAGAUGAAGAAGAAGAAGAAGAAGCAGAAGCAGAAGCAGAAGCAGAAGAAGAAGAAGAAGAAGAUAAAAAAAAAAGAUUACUUAGUCGACAUGAGAAUAAUCUAUGAUUAUAUUAUGUAUGUAAUUUAUUUUUAAAUCGCGAAAUAUCAGCAUAUCCAAGAACCUCCUCUUAACGAUUUAAUGAUCAUAUUUGUGAUUAUUAUAAACACGUUCGAUGUUCCUUUAAUGCGCAAACGAAUAUAUGAGUUUUAUCCGAAGAAGCUAUAUUUAACGUUGCGAGCUUCUUGUUCACAAUAUAUGCAUAAUUAGUAGAGAAAGAGAGAGAGAGAGAGAGAGAGAGAGAGAGAGAGAGAGAGAGAGAGAGAGAGAGAGAGAGAGAGAGAGAGAGAGAGAAUAAGAGUAAGAG